AUGUCGGACGAGCUCGGGGAUGCGAAUGCAUCAAGCAAACUCGAGCUGCACAUGCGUGGCCUGAGGCUGAGUGACCAAACCAGCCAAGAGGAGUCUCAUCGUUCAUUCACCGAUGAAGAACGUUCUGAACAGUCAGAGGUACAGAGUCCGACCGAAGGCCGACUAGUGGACAUUAACAUGGAUGUAGAAGAUGGAGAUCCCCUCAAUGUACCCGUUGAGACAACGAACGAAGACAUCGAAGCAUCCCAACAUCCACCGACACCAGAAAGGUGGGAUCCUUGGGCAGAGGCAGAUCCAUGUCUUGGUCAUACCGCGAUCUCUGGCAACCAAACGUCCCAGCUGCAAUCUCGGAACGAUGCUUUGAGCGUACGAAGGCUGUCAAACGCAAGGUUGAGAUCAUUGCAGCCCCUCCAAGGUCGAGGUCGAGUCACGAAAAAGUCACACUUGCCCAGAUCACACGCACACCGGCGUACCUCCACAAGACGUGGUCACAAUAGAUCCAGUACUUCAUCGCUGGAAAUGAGUCUGCGAGAAGCCGACGCGAUUUGGCUCACUGACAACCGAACAACUUCUCCAGUUCAAGAGGACCUUUCUGAGGAGCAUGAACCUGGAACAGACGGUGACCAAGAAGACGACUCCUCCACGAUGAACCACCAGCGAGAUAUCAGAUCAUCUGUUCAGACUCCUGAUUCGUCUAAAGAGUCUAGCGAUGCCGAGCAUCCGGAGGAAUGA